GUGGAGACUUCGAGGGGACUCGCCGAGGAGGACGAGAGCGCCGGGAAGAGCUGGGCUCGACGGCAGGGUGGUGUGGAGGGGGCGACGGAGAGCAGGCCGGAAAGCGCGGCUGCUGGCUGGGGUGCGGCGCGCCAGGUGGGGAAACCGGACACGGGCUGGUCUGCCGAGGGACAACGUGGUCCCUAGUCCGAGGCCCUGGAGGAAGGAGCGUGUCCUAGUGAAGCAGGCCGUGGGGGUUGGAGACGAAUCCGAGGGCAGCUGUGACUGUCACACCAGCGGCUGGCAUCAGAGUGGGCGAGAGGCAGGCGCCCUGACGGAGUUGGAAGAGCGCAGGCUGCGGGAGCUGGGCCAUCUCCAGGGGGAUGGAGCAGAGCCCGGCCUCCUUCCCCGGAAACUCGGGGCGCUGAGGUAUCUGCGUGUCCCUUCAGGCUCCCUGAAAGAGUAGUUACCUGCCCCGUGGCUCAUCACCAUGCCCUCUGACCUGGCCAAGAAGAAAGCAGCCAAGAAGAAGGAAGCUGCCAAAGCCCGACAGCGGCCCAGAAAGGGACACGAAGAAAAUGGAGAUGCUGUCACAGAACCACAGGUGGCAGAGGAGAAAAACGAGGCCAAUGGCAGAGAGACCACAGAAGUGGAUUUGUUGACCAAGGAACUUGAGGACUUUGAGAUGAAGAAAGCUGCUGCUCGAGCUGUCACUGGUGUCCUGGCCUCUCACCCUAAUAGUACUGAUGUCCACAUUAUCAACCUGUCACUCACCUUUCAUGGUCAAGAGCUCCUCAGUGACACCAAACUGGAAUUAAACUCAGGCCGUCGUUAUGGCCUCAUUGGCUUAAAUGGAAUUGGAAAGUCCAUGCUGCUCUCUGCUAUUGGGAAGCGCGAAGUGCCCAUACCUGAGCAUAUCGACAUCUACCAUCUGACUCGAGAGAUGCCUCCUAGUGACAAGACACCUUUGCAGUGUGUGAUGGAAGUUGACACAGAGCGGGCCAUGUUGGAAAAGGAGGCUGAGCGGCUGGCUCAUGAGGACGCGGAGUGUGAGAAGCUCAUGGAGCUCUAUGAACGUCUGGAGGAGCUGGAUGCCGACAAGGCGGAGAUGCGGGCAUCACGGAUCUUGCAUGGACUGGGUUUCACACCUGCCAUGCAGCGCAAGAAACUGAAAGACUUCAGUGGAGGCUGGAGAAUGAGGGUCGCCCUUGCCAGAGCUCUCUUUAUUCGGCCCUUCAUGCUGCUCCUGGACGAGCCCACCAAUCACCUGGACCUAGACGCCUGUGUGUGGUUGGAAGAAGAACUAAAAACUUUUAAGCGCAUCCUGGUCCUCGUCUCCCAUUCCCAGGAUUUUCUGAAUGGUGUCUGUACCAACAUUAUUCACAUGCACAACAAGAAACUGAAGUUAUUAACACGGUGAGGUAAUUACGAUCAGUAUGUGAAGACACGGCUAGAGCUGGAAGAGAACCAGAUGAAGAGGUUCCACUGGGAGCAGGACCAGAUCGCGCACAUGAAGAACUACAUCGCUAGGUUUGGUCACGGCAGUGCCAAGCUGGCCCGGCAAGCCCAGAGCAAGGAGAAAACACUACAGAAAAUGAUGGCAUCAGGACUGACGGAGAGAGUCGUGAGCGACAAGACACUGUCAUUUUAUUUUCCACCAUGUGGCAAAAUCCCUCCACCUGUCAUUAUGGUGCAAAACGUGAGCUUCAAGUAUACAAAGGAUGGGCCUUGCAUCUACAAUAACCUAGAGUUUGGUAUUGACCUUGACACACGAGUGGCUCUGGUGGGGCCCAACGGAGCAGGAAAGUCGACUCUCCUGAAGCUGCUAACUGGAGAGCUACUCCCCACAGAUGGGAUGAUCCGAAAACACUCGCACGUCAAGAUCGGGCGUUACCAUCAGCAUUUACAAGAGCAGCUGGACUUAGACCUCUCGCCUUUGGAGUACAUGAUGAAGUGCUACCCAGAGAUCAAGGAGAAGGAGGAGAUGAGGAAGAUCAUCGGGCGAUACGGUCUCACUGGGAAGCAGCAGGUGAGCCCAAUCCGGAACCUGUCAGAUGGACAGAAGUGCCGAGUAUGUCUGGCCUGGCUGGCCUGGCAAAACCCACACAUGCUCUUCCUGGAUGAGCCCACCAAUCACCUGGAUAUUGAGACCAUCGAUGCGUUGGCAGACGCCAUCAAUGAGUUUGAGGGUGGCAUGAUGCUAGUCAGCCAUGACUUCAGACUCAUUCAGCAGGUUGCACAGGAAAUUUGGGUCUGUGAGAAGCAGACAAUCACUAAGUGGCCUGGAGACAUCCUGGCUUAUAAGGAGCACCUCAAGUCCAAGCUGGUGGAUGAGGAGCCCCAGCUCACCAAGAGGACCCACAACGUGUGAGCCCUCUGCCCGGGCUGGGGUCAGGAGCUCCGUCUGGGAACUAACAGCUGCUACCCUGACCAGCUGCUCAGGACAGGAGCCUGGGGCUAC